CCGGGAGAGUCAGAGCAGCCGGCAGCCAUGUCACGAGCUGACUUGUUCGGUGCGGGGAAGGAGGAGCGGAAGAGGAGGUUGGAAAGGUGCUUUGACUGGAAAGUGAGGAUGCUAGCGGACAAGUACCGAUCGUGUGGACAUCUGAUCCCCGACACUCUGCUUUUGGCAAGCGGCAUUCGGAACAAUCACUCCACCAGGUGGCAGGCCUACUGUACCAAGACUGAGAUAAGACACACUGUCACCGGGCUGGUAGAUUAUCCAUUCAUGGCAGCCUUGCAGGAUAUCAAUGACGCCGCCGCCGCCCGGUGUCGGCACUGCCAACCAAGCCAGCCCCUCAGAAUAGCUUCCAUCAAUAGAUCGGGCAGCAGUGCCGAAGGUCUGGCGGACUUGGUAGUGGGCGUUGGUGGAACGUCAGAUUUUGAUCUGAUGUUCGAGUUCGACGCACCAUUCCACUGCGCGGCGCCCGGAAAGAGAGAGGAGCCGGCCGUUAUAAGUCCACAGUCUGCACCACAGCUGUGGGCUCGACCGACCAGAAACCAAGGCUUUGUGAAGCUGCAAUGGGUCAAGACGACUAAGUGCAGUCAUGAUAAGCCGCUGGAAGCACUGCCGGCUGACUCCAUCCGCCAGCUUAUGCUGAAAUUAUGUCGGAUUAUGAAAGGCGGCAAAAUCAGCACCGCCGGACCAGCUGUCAACGUAAAGUCGCCAGAUGAUCCUACAGACGGCGGCAUUGACUUCGUGCCCUGCAUCCUUGUGCGCGGUUGGUGGCCAGCUGAAGACCAGCUCGAAGACUGUCACCUGGAGGUGGACUUCCCACCAGCAGCAGCGAGCGCUGACAUCCGACGAUUCGGAGUUCACCUUGUGCCGACCGGCCGGCGCGGCAGCGACACCGAGUUAAUCGAGUUUCGGAUUUCAUUCUCACGGGCGGAGGUGAUCGCGAUUCGACACCUCGCUCCAGUCAUACGAGCGGCUAUUGUGUCUGUAAAAGCCAUGAAAAAUACCUUGAAAAAGAAUGAGGUAAUAACCGACGAUGUGCCUUUGAAGUCAUACUUUAUAAAAACGGCAGGACUCUGGCUAGCGCAAAUCAUGCCAGCUGCAAUGUGGAAAGGCGUCACCGACGGUGUCAACAAAAUACUUGACUGGCUGGAAGAAAAAUUGAACUCCGGAAAAAUGCCUUGCUUUUUCGAUCAUAACAUCGAAGUGGCGGCUGAACUCAGCACCGUAGAGCGACGGGCUAUCAUCGAUACCAUACAGCUGAUGAGGGAGCAUGUCACGCUCCUUCUGAUGGCAAGCUGUGAGGAUCAGUGGGACGUGGAUCUGCUGCUGGAUGGCGGAAUAGAGCCGCUCACAGAGCGUGAGGUGCGGCUCAGACUGGGACGGACGCUAGUGCGACAGGCGGUACUUGACGGUGUUCGUUUCCGCCACACAGCCCCGUGCUGGGAGAGCUGGUGGAAGAAGAACAUCCCUCCGCUGGUCCGCACAGCCCCACUUCUACUACAAUGGUGGCAUUACACCGACUCAGGAGCAUAUGUGCAGCAGUGUCUCAUGUUCAUGGCAUGGGUGGUGGUCGAACCGGCGGACCUGCUGGACGGGACGUCGAUGACAUCACAGGCCAGUGACAUGGUCACGCUGGACGCGACCCCGCUGAUACAACUCCUCACCAGAUCUGACCUGGAGUAUCUGUUGGGUGACCCGGACAAGGUGGCCACCUGGUGGCGUCAGCAGCCGCGGCGGCCGCUGGAGGAAAGGCCGGCCGGACUGAUCGCCGAGCUGGACACGCCGCGGCGCCGUGCCGAGCUGCUGCUGCGGCCCGAGCUGCUACUGCAGGCGGUGCGCGAGAACGUACCGGGUAAAAUGAACUGGUGGCGGGAUGAAGACCGGGCAACGGAGAACAUGUGGAUGAAAAACUUUCUACCAAUGUAUACCUACCAGGAGACCCGUAAGUGGAUGGAGCGGCACAUCAACGCUAACCUGCAUGAGCGGCUCCGUGUCAAACUGCCUGAGAUGAACGCCGCGUCCGUAGCCGCCACGGCCGGCCUCUGGCGCCGCCGGCUGCAACAGCUGCUGUCCGGUGACCGGCUGCAGACGGUCUACAACACUAUCACCGGCUGGUGGCCGGACCGAUGGGAGAUGACGCCGUACUACUUGGCUGUCGACGAGACCGACUCAGAGGAGUCGGAGCAGGAUGAUGACAACGGUCAGAUCGGUGGCGAGGAGCGGCACAGCGCAGACGAGGACCAGACAUCAGAGGGUCUGCCCAGCCCUCAGCGAGAGAAAUGGCAGCAGCUGGAGCGACAGCACCAGCAGCUGUGGCAGCAGCUGGAGCGGCGGGGAUACGGGGAAAGGAGGAGUCUGAACCAGCAGCAUGAUGAGGAGCGCCGGCGUCUGGAGCGGAUUCAUGACAGAAAGUGGCAGAUCAUGGAAAUACGGCACCAUGACGAGCGGAAGAGGCUCCAUCAGCGGCACGAGAGUGUUAACAGGUGCGUGGAGCUGCAGUAUCAGGGACAGGCGCAGCAAGAGAGACGUCAGAGACAGUUGGAGCUGCUGGACCGGAGAAACCGAAGGCAGUUAGCAGUACUGGAGCGACAGCACCAAAUAGAGUGGGGAGACCUGGAGCAGAAGGUCCAAACGCAGUGGAACAAACUGAAGCAGAAACACCUCAGGGAGUCACAAGAGCUGGAGGAGAGAUACCCGAACAUUUGGUCAGGUGAGGAGCUGGAUCAGCUGAUGGAGGAGUGCAGCAGGAGGCGUCGGCAGCUGCGGAAGGAGCUGGAGAAGGAGCUGGAGAAGGAGCUGGAGAAGGAGCUGGAGAAGGAGAAGGAGAAGGAGAAGAAGAAGGAGAAAGAGAAGGAGAAGAAGAAAGAGCUGUCAGCUGGAGAAGGAGCUGGAGAAGGAGAAAGAGAAGGAGAGGGAAAGCAGGAAGGUGAAGAGGAACCUGAAAGUGGAGAAGGAGGAGGAUAAGUCAGUUGAGCGUGACAAGCAAGAGCGACAACAACAACGACGACAACAACAGCAACAACAAGAACAAGAACUAGAACAACAAAAACAACAACAACAACAACGACGACGACGACGUCAACAACAACAACAUGAACCAGAACCACGGCAGCAGGAGCGGCAGCCGAGCCGGCGCUGUCAACACCUGCGGAACCUGAUAGAGGUGACGCGAAGACACCGCCAGCAGCUCAUCCAGCUCCAGGAGCGGCACAACCAGGAGCUGGGGGAGCAGAGGAGACGUCACCGGCAGGAGCGGGAGGAUCUGGAGCGGCGCCUCAGCCGCCGGCGGCACGGCCAGGAGCGGCGACACCCACAGUGACCGGCGUGAGGAUACCAGCGGAGUCACGGACAAACUCAGGGAGGCGCCACUACGGAAAACAUGUCGAGAGCGAGAUAUUUGUAGCAUCAGAAAUGGCGGAAAUAUGUCGCUAGUGUAGAUGCUGAGAUUGAUAAAACGAGACCA